UUCUCGCGACCGGCUGUCAAAUUAUUUGAUGAAGAACGUGAUUAUCGUAAUUAAUUUUCUUUUGUGAUUUCUCUGAAAGUAUAUAUCCUCGUGUCCGUAGCAAAGAUGUUUCAAAACGCAGAUAAGAUUAAGGAGGCAAUCUAUGAGGAAUUGCACAAUAUUCUGAGUCCAGACGAUUCAGUACGGAGUUCCGGGGAGCAGCGUCUUGCACAGCUUAAAUUCACAGAUGGCUAUGGAGUUUAUCUUGCGGAGAUUGUUAUGAAUCAAUCCUUCGACCUGGCUCUCCGGCAACUUGCUUCCGUUAUGCUGAAGCAAUACGUAGAGAUGCAUUGGUGUCCGGAAGAUGAAACUCAGGUGGCCGCAUGCGAUCAAGCGAAGAAAAUGAUUAAAAAUAUCCUUCCCAAUGGUCUAUAUGACUCAAAUAGCAAGAUUCGCUCUGCGGUGGCGUACACAAUUUCCAAAAUUGCCUCCUGGGAUUGGCCAAACAACUGGAAUGAGCUCUUUGACACAAUCGUCAAGUGCCUGGAGGGAAACGAAAACUCCGUUCACGGUGCCAUGCAGGUCCUCGUGGAAUUUACGUACGACCUGGACCAGCAGAUAAAAGAUGUGGGUCCCAUUAUCAUCUCGGAGGUGUGUCGAAUCUUUGAGGCUGAUUCGGUCUUUAGUGUGACGACGCGCUCUAGUGCAGUCGACAUAUUCAAGGCUCUCCUCAAGGCCAUUAACACAUACAUCCCAACGCGACAGGGACAGGCGGAUAUGCUUAAUGCGGUCCUGCCCAAGUUUCUCGAUAAGAUGAUCACGAGUCUCACGCUCCCCAAUGGCCCUAUGAGCAAUUUUACUAUGAAGAAAUCCAUUCUCAAAGUGCUCUGCUAUAUGAUUCGUGACAUGCCUAAAAUCAUCCAGCCGCACAUCAACAUGAUCCUACCCCCAAUUUGGCAGCUUAUGACCCAACCUGCUGAUAUGUAUGUGAAAGUCAUGGUAAACGGGAGUGUUCAAUCGCCCUUUGCUGAAUGUGAUGAAGACGAUGAAUCAGCAACUUUCUCCUCAAUGAUCCUUCAACUCUUUGAUUUGAUCCAGGCAAUUAUUGAAUCUGGAAAAUUCAAAUCGACCAUCCAGAAUGUUCUCACUGAUUUAAUAUACAUCAUGAUUGUCUACAUGCAGAUCACAGAAGAACAAAUUGAAAACUGGACUGAAGAUCCAGAGAAAUUCGUUCAGGACGACGAGGAAGAAGGUAUAGAUUUCUCUAUUCGCGUCUCUGCUCAAGAUGUCCUGCUAAUUCUUCUGCAGGAGUACGAAUCGAAAAUCCUCCCUGCACUCUCGGAAGCUCUGUCGCGACACUGUGUCGUUGCGGAUGCGGAGAAAAAUGCUGGUAAUCCGAAUUGGUGGAAAAUCCAUGAAGCAUGCAUGCUUACCGUUGGAAAUUACGAGAUACUCAUUGCGGAGCAGGAUGAAAAAGGAGAGAAUGCUUUCAAUUUGUCUGAAUAUCUAAACUUGGUGAGAAAUCUCAUGAAUCAGGAAGUAUCGUCCUUCCUCUCGGGUAGAUGCAUCUGGCUCAUGAGUCAAUUCUCCAAGUCCAGCGUCUACACGAUGCAACUCCUCACGGAAGUCCUAGAUACAACUCUCAACUACAUCGGUGGUGACAAGCCGAUUGUUUUGCGAAUUAGUGCCGUUAGAGCCGUUCACUGUUUCUGCGAAAAUCUCGAAGGGGCCCCCGAAGAAAAGAGGAACAUACUGCUAUCGAAGCUUACGGGCUUCUUUGAGGGGAUACUCGCUCUAGCUGGAGUGGGGAAGCAGAAUCUGCUCAAUCUCAUACUCGAAACUCUACAAGCGGUCAUCUCUUUUGAUCACGAAUUUACCGGCUCUAUUCAGUCAAAGAUGAUCCCCCUCACAAUUGCAGUGUUCCUGAAACAUCACGCUGAUCCGUUUACACUGGAACUAGUGCACGAUCUUCUGAAGACGCUUUCGCAAAACUCGUAUUGUCUACAACCGCUGCAGGAGAAGUUAAUCCCCACCAUUGUUAGUAUUCUCAAUUUGCAUCGCGAACAAGCAGGCUCCCUCACACCUGCAACUGCUCUUGAGAUUCUUCAGACACUUGUUGUUAAUUGUAAGCCACCACUGAGUGAUAGUCUAAUUGAGAAUGCCUUCCCUGCCAUGGUGCACUGCAUUUUGCGCUCUGAUGAUCCAGCCGUAAUGCAAAAUGGUGGUGAAUGUCUUCGGGCAUUUGUCCACGUUGCCGCAGAACAGGUGUUCAAGUACAAAAAUGGCGAAGGACUGAACUACAUUAUGCAGGUUACAACGAUGCUGCUAAAUCCAACAAAUAAUGAAUCGACAGCAGCUUUUGUGGGGAAGCUCGUUAUAACGCUCAUUACGAAGGCAGGCAACUUCUUGGGGGAAAACAUUGAUCUCCUGUUGAAAGGUGUCAUCAGCAAACUUCAGCUUGUGAAUGCUCUCAAUGUUGCCAUGAGUCUCCUCUUGGCCUUUGCGCAUUUAUUCCUUACACAAAUGGAGGCCGUACUGAAUUUCCUGAGCACCGUUCCCGGACCAACUGGAGAGCCUGCCAUGGCUUUCGUUUUUGGAAAUUGGCUAAACAGGCAUGCGGACUUUUAUGGCUCAUAUGAGCGAAAAGUCAGCAUUAUGGCACUGUGCAAGAUCUUUGAAUACGGCGUAACAGCAAAGGACAUCCGUAUAACAUCGGUUUCCAUUAAGGAGCAAGUUAAGCAACCCAUGAGUGCGUCAAAACCACGAACGAGGUCACAGACAGUCACUGAGUGGGUUGCAAUACCCAUCCUCGUGAAGAUUUUCAAACUCAUCAUUGGAGAGCUGGUAUAUUUGCAAGAGUACGAAAUAGCUGGAGAGGAAUCAGAUCAAGCAACUGAAGAUGAUGAAGAGGAGCCCAGUCAGCCACAAGACACCAGUGUUUACGCCUCAGGUAGACUUUUCAAUCGAUAUGAAGAAGAAAUUGAGAACAACGAUCCUCUUCUCGAGGAACUUAUCCGUCAGGAACCCAUGUUCCAGAACUCCAUGGAGGAGAACCUAAUAAAGUUCCUGCAGAAUUUCAGUCGUGAUGAACAUUUCAGAGAGUUUGUUGGACAUCUCAAUGAAGAGGAAAAGAACUCCCUUCGACGCUAUAUUGAAAUUAAUUUCUAGGCUCAAGAGUUGAUGAAGGGAAACAUGAAAAAGUCAUAAAAAAAAAUAAAUAUUUUUGUAAAACCUAACAUUAAGACCCAUAAAAACCAUUUGGCGAAUGUGAAGCGAAAGAAAUGUGAUAGAGAGAACGUGAAUUUAAAUUUGCAUUCAAAUGAUAAGUAAUAUUUUUAUUGAUGCAUGUUAUUUAGGCGUACGAACUAGCAAUUAUUUGCCAUUAUGUGUAAUUGAUUAAUUCUGCCUACGACUCUUUACAACACUGAUAUUAAUAGCUCUGCUGGUAUAUAUGGCAUGGAUCAGCAUAACCGGUGUGUAUGUAUUUUUCAAAGUGAUCGAUUUAAUUUCGUAAAAUCAGAUCAUAGCGAUCAGCAAUUGAUCCAUCUAUGGCUGUACAUAUUAAAUUAAGUGAAAGCAUCAAUGUUUCAGUGAGAUAAAACGAGUUGCUGUCAUAGCAAAAUUAAUGUUGAUUUAUUUUUUUCUCCACUCACCACCAAUAGAAAUUCCAGCCAAAAAUUAAUCAUAGAUCAUUUGGAAUUUAUUUCUUUCAUCCACUAAUUAAAUAAAAUGAUUAAAUUCAUA